UUAAAUUCUUAUAUAUUUUCAGCAAACCACAUUAAAGUGAUGAAGAAGUUGCGUCAGAAAGAUACCGAAAUCAGAAAAACGAAACAGAAGUAUGAGACGUUUGAACUUGGAAAAUUUAACAAGUUGAUAUCUGAAAACCGGCGGUAUGUACCGGACUAUGAUGCUCUAGAAAAGGUACGGCAAGCACUUCGGGUUGGGCCACAUUUAAACCAGACGCUGAUCAAGACCUGGACAGUUUUACCAGUGAGUCAGAGGAUGAUUCGGAAUCAGACUCCAAUGACACUUCAAGAACUAGUUCAAUAUCAGACGGAAGUGACGAGGUUGACAUUCAAUCGGAAAUGACAUUUUCACGACAAAGAAAGGAUAGCGGUAUGGAAGAAGACAUGUUCAUUGAUAAUGAGAAAA